CGGUCGCACUUGACGACACAUUCGCGCGUAGCCCUCGCCUCGAGCUGAGGAGGAGCCUCGCAAUUUAACCGGUUCGACAUUCGCCUCGAGCUCGUAAUUGGCAGGACGAAUGAAAGAGCCCCACGACUACGACUACGACGACUACGACGACUACAACGACUACGACGACUACGACGACUACGACGACUACGACGAUUACGACGACUACGACGAUGAAGACGACGAAGGCGAAGAUGAAGACGACGACGACGACGAGGACGACGACGACGACGACGGCGACAGCGACAGCGACAGCAACAGCGACAGCAACGGCGACGACGACGACGACGACGACGACGACGGCGACGACGACGACGACGACGAGUGGUCGGGAUUAACGAUGGCGAAUGGAUCAGAAAUUCUCCGCGAAAAUAAAGUAGUAAUUAGCAGUGGCGGCAAGAGAAGAAGAAGGAAGAGGAAGAGGAAGAGGAGGUGGUGGAAGAGGAGAAUGUAGGGAAGGAAAAGAGAGAUGGUGAGCUGAGUGGGGUGAGUGAAGAGAGAAAGAAGAGGCCUGCUGCCGGCGAAGGAGAGAGGGAAAGGGUGAUGUUGGUACUGGUGCCGGUACUGCUGCUGGUAGUGAUGGUGGUGGUACUGCUGGUGGUGGUAGUGGUAGUGGCAGGGGUUGUAGAGGGGGUGUAAUUAACUAUCAUGCAACCCCUUCCCAACAGCAGCAGCCGGCGUAGCAAGGAGGUAAUUGGACCGGAGUCUUAUACGUGUGGAGCUCAUGGUAGAGGGGAGAGAAGAGGCUGCUAGGAUAAAGGGUUGCUUAAAAUUGCACACAGUGCUGCAUUAUGGAACCUCUGACGAGCUUCCAGGGAACGACCGUACGGAUGGCGGCGUGGAAAUCCAUUAACUCACCCCACCCCACUA